AUAGAUAACAAAUCGGCCGAACGCUAGGGUUAUUGUCUUGUUCCCCUUCCUCGGCUCAUCGGCCUCGGCAGGAAGCUUCAUCCAUGUCGAUCGCGCUGCGCACUCUCUCUGUCUCCUCGUCCUUCGACAACGUCUCUGGUUUCCCCAAAAACUCUUUUUGGAACUUCUCCAAGGUUUCGCCAAGUACCCGUAGAUCUAUUGACUUCGCUUCGAGGAAAAGGGUGGCCUGUAGAUGCGAGUCGCGGUCUUCCAACAACUACGAUCACAUACCCCGCAAAUUCCGGGAGGAGAAUCUCAAGGAGGGAUUGAAGCAAAAUUAUGAGAGUUUUCCUCAGUCCAUGUAUGGCCUUACUCCGUCGCAAAUGGACAUGUUCUUGACAGAAGAUAACCCUGUGACACGUCAAGCAACAAAAGUCACAGAGGAAAGCAUUUCUUCUGCAAGAAGUUACAUCGACAAUGGAGGGAUGUACAGUCUAAAUGGCUUGGAGGCCUCAUCAAACUACAAUAUGAGUGUGAGUAUGUAUCGUGGAGGCGGUCGAGGAUAUGGAAGACUAAGAAGUGCUCCUCCAGACUUGCCUUCUUUGCUCUUGGAUGCUCGAAUAGUUUACCUUGGCAUGCCUAUGGUUCCAGCUGUCACUGAGCUUCUUGUUGCUCAGUUUAUGUGGCUAGAUUAUGACGACUCAUCCAAACCUAUAUAUCUCUACAUCAAUUCAUCUGGGACUCAAAAUGUGGAGGGAGAGACUGUGGGAUCUGAAACUGAGGCUUAUGCAAUUGCUGACAUGAUAGCCUAUGUUAAACCCAAGGUUUAUACGAUAAAUGUCGGCAUGGCAUAUGGUCAGGCAGCAAUGCUAUUAUCUCUGGGUGCCAAAGGCUUUCGCGGCUUGCAACCAAAUUCUUCCACCAAAUUAUAUCUGCCGAAGGUGUACAAAUCCAGUGGUGCAGCUACCGACAUGUGGAUCAAGGCGAAGGAACUUGAUGCCAACACUGAGUAUUUAUUGGAGUUGUUAGCCAAAGGAAUAGGUAAGCCAAAGGAAGAGAUUAAGAAGGACAUAGAGCUUCCGAGAUAUUUCGACGCACAAGAAGCUAUUGCUUAUGGUAUUGCAGACAAGACCAUUAAGCCAGAAGAUGAUGCAUUUGAGAAAAAGAACUAUGAUGAGCAAUUGGCAAAAUCAAAAGCCAUGAGAAAAGCAACUGGAGCUGGUCCACAAGCAACACCAUCAGGGUUUAGGUAAAAUAUAUGAUAACGCCUAAGUUAGCCACAUGUGGAGUUUGGUUUUCGAUGAAGAUAACUUAUAUUUCUAGUAUAAAAAGAACUUAUUUUUCUGGUGAAACAAGUAUUUAGCUUAUAAAUAUUGUGAGGAAACGUCUUUAUAUAUGUAUUUUUGUCUUCAAUAAUUUCCCCUUAUUUCUUGA